AUGUACUACUUCUACGCCCUGAUAAAUGCUAGCAGAUGUGGAUCUUUGAGACCCCGAACGGGAAUCAGGGUGGACGGACAACCGAUCGAACUCAAUGAGUUCUGUCACCUGGGCUAUAUGCUGAAGAACAACGGCAGCUACGAGAAAGAUAUUCAGCAAAGAUGCGCUAAGUCUAUUUCCGCAUUCAACUAUUUAACAAAAUGUCUGUGGUCUACUCUCAUCACCAACGAAGUCAAGCUGCGAGUCUACCUAUUCGCAAUUCACCCUAUCAUGGUGUACGGAUCGGAGAGUUGGGCAGCACCAUUUACGGUGCUGGACAGGCUUGACUGCACGAAAAGAAAGCUGCUUAGACGGCUACUUGGGUACUUUUGGCAUAGGGUAUGCCACAAUGAAGAGCUUUACGCGGAAAUAGGUGUGGUGUACCAGAAGAUAACACACGGAAGAUAUCAACAUCUUGCACCGCCAUCGAAAGUGGCUACAGAAAAUCGUCUUCACUUCUUUGGUCAUAUAUUAAGGAGACCAGCAGAUCGCCUCGUUCAACGAGUUUUGAGGAGAUUGUCGGAUUCAAGCUGGAAGAGGCCACCUGGCCGAAAGCGGAAGUUCUGGACUGAAGGGUUAAACAUGGCCUGA